CUCAGGGCAUAUGCAGCUGGGAGACACUCAUUCCAUGCUUGGUCAGCUGGAUCGAUCGAUUGAGUGUUACAAAGAGGGCCUAAAAGUGCAGAUGGAUGCUUUAGGAGAUACUGACCCGAGAGUUGCAGAGACUUGCAGGUACCUUGCCGAGGCACAUGUUCAGGCAAUGCAAUUCAACGAGGCUGAGAGUUUGUGUAAAAGAACACUUGAAAUACAUCGAGUCCACAGCCCUCCAGCGUCUCUCGAAGAAGCUGCUGAUCGGCGGUUAAUGGCUCUCAUAUGUGAGGCAAAGGGUGAUUAUGAAUCUGCACUUGAACACCUUGUGCUCGCCAGCAUGGCAAUGAUUGCCAAUGGACAAGAGAAUGAGGUUGCUGCUAUUGAUGUUAGCAUUGGUAACAUCUACUUGUCUCUGUCUCGCUUCGAUGAGGCGGUUUUCUCCUACCAGAAGGCACUUACUGUCUUCAAAUCAUCAAAGGGUGAUAACCAUCCUUCGGUUGCCUCUGUUUUUGUGAGGCUUGCUGAUUUAUACUACAAGACUGGCAAGCUGAGGGAGUCUCGAUCAUAUUGUGAGAAUGCCCUUAGGAUAUAUGCAAAACCCGUUCCUGGUACUAGUGCAGAAGAUAUUGCAAGUGGAAUGGCAGAAAUUUCUUCCAUAUAUGAACUGUUUAAUGAACCCGAAGAAGCACUGAAGCUGUUGUCCAAGUCUCUGAAGUUGUUGGAGGAUAAGCCGGGGCAGCAAAGUACAAUUGCUGGAUUAGAGGCAAGGAUGGGUGUGAUGUUCUAUAUGGUGGGAAGAUAUGAUGAAGCACGAAGCUCUUUCGAGAGUGCAGUGGCAAAACUUAGAGCCAGCGGGGAGAGGAAAUCAGCCUUCUUUGGGGUGGUGUUAAACCAAAUGGGCUUGUCAUCUGUGCAGUUGUUCAAAAUUGAUGAGGCUGCUGAACUGUUUGAAGAAGCAAGAGAAAUCUUGGAACAUGAGUGUGGCCCUUGCCAUCAAGAUACACUUGGUGUGUACAGUAACCUUGCGGCAACUUAUGAUGCAAUGGGAAGAGUUGAAGACGCAAUAGAGAUUUUGGAGUACGUUCUUAAAUUGAGAGAGGAGAAGCUUGGAACGGCAAAUCCUGACUUUGAUGAUGAGAAGAAAAGGCUGGCUGAGCUGCUGAAAGAGGCGGGCAAGUGUAGAAACAAGAAGGCCAAAUCACUGGAAAACCUCAUCGACCCUAAUUCCAAGAGGACAAAGAAAGAAUCGUCAUCAAGGAAAUGGUCCGCGUUUGGCUUUAGAAGUUAAAACACUAACUCUAAGUUUCAUCUGUUUUCCACUAGCUUCAAGGAAAGCCUAUUCUGUAGCAUAGAAUUGAAGAUCGUGUAUAGUGUAUCCUUAAUCCGGUGAGCCUUCCCUAUUCCUUGUCUGGUUUGGAUUGGCUUUCAUUUUAGUUUUUAUUAUCUAUUCUUAUUCCGCAUUUGUUUUUGGUCCAAGAAAAGACUUGAAGUCCCCAUGUAUUUUAAUUAAUUUUUUUUAAAGAAAAAUUAUUUAGUUGCCUAGCGCCUUUGAGUGAACAAAUGAAUUUGAUGCCGUCUUUGUAAUGUUUUUCAUGCUAUAAAAUGUUAUCAUUCCAAUAUCAUUUAUUUAUUAUUGGCUAGUUCUGGCAAAAAU